AUGUCGCGACGGUUACCGGCUUGGCAGAAAAUGGCCAGCCAUCACUCGCAUCUUGUCCACCAGUUCCUUAGCCAAACACCCUCCUGGGAACAUCUCUUCCACCUGCCCGGACGGCAGUCAUACAACUGUGAUUUAAGGUUUAAGGCGCCGGUGAAAGUGCCGAUCGAAGAAAGUCGUCCUCGCAAUCGGUGUGGGGACAACCGGCCAUUAGCAAAGCCCCAAGAAGCCCAGAAGGCGAGGGGCUCACCUCAUCAACGAAUAUUGGCCCAAAACAAUCUUACCCCUCAGCAGGGAAGGUCCGAGAAGCCAACCUACUCCCGGAAGCGUCUCGCGGACCUGGCCACCCCCAAAAGGAAAUUCUUUCCGCCUCAGAAGAUUUCUCCAAGUAAUUUUGGAGAGGUCCUGAAGCGAUCCAUUCGUAGUACCAUCGGGGAAGCCUCUUCGAAAUCAUAUGAGAGAUACCUCCAAGUAGCUCCCAAGAAACCCUUUAAAUUCAAUAAUCUUGGAAGUUCUUCCAAGAAAUCGGCCCAACGCAACCUCGAUGACCUUUUUGGAGACCUCGAUUCCCGCUCCUCGAACUCCUAUACUGUGGCGUCCGACCGCCUUGUGGAGUUGGCCAAGAGCAAGAAAUCGGAGGAACCAGUCCCCAGCGAGCCUUGGAAGUUGACCAAGGCGAUGCGGGACUUUCAGCCCACCCAGCGGCUUCUGGAUCUGGCCCACAAGCCAUCCUUUACCAAGGAGAGGCACCCUCCGUUUCAGAUAAACUGGAGUACCCUUCACUACAAAGCCUCUUCGAGGACUUCUCAGUUGGCAAAGGCAACCAAAAAGAUCCCUAGCGAUUGCCUGAUGAGUCCCACGUUCAAGAGCGAGGUCAGGGAGCCAACCGAACGCCUCAUUGAGCUGGCCAAGCCGAAGCUGCGAAAGGACACCUGGACUAGGACCGCCCCAUACCAAGUGCCCAGCCGGGCGCUCAAAGCCAAGAUCACUCCGCGGCUGAUAGAGCUGGCGAGGCCGAGGCUAUGACGUGAUUGUAGGAUAGUUUCCAUAUCGCUGAUAAUGGAAUUUUGGAAAAUGUGUGUUUUAAGGAAAGAAAAUUAAGCCUGUUGUGACAACGAAAGGAGAAAGUGGUCGUGCGACGUGCCAGAUCGCUAUCGCUUUUCGUUGCCAAAGUGGUUCUGAUUAUAUUUUAUGUUAAUUUUUAA